GUAUUCUUGAAUAGUUGCGUCAUAUCGUUAGAGUUCGACGUUGUUUCGUUCUUAUGUUUUCAUGGAAAGUGAAUUUAAUAAAGUAACUGAUUAUUAACACGAAUUAAAACAAUCAACGGAUGUCCAGGUCUUCGAUCGGUGCCCUGUUUUACAUACAAGCAAGUCAUGCAGAAAAUAAUAUUAGCUGACGUAUGUCUUUAUGUAGAUACGCGUUAUGCGUUAUGGAUUAAUAAAUUAGAAGAUACAAUACGUAAUUGUGAAGAAGCUGGAGUGGCCACUUGAAAUCUGACAUAUAUAGCAGUUUUUAAUAUUAUCCAGAAAAUUGAGAGGAUAUUUUUGUUCCUGAGACAAGAAAAAGGAAUAAGAAAAAUAUAUGAUUUAGAAGAAUCUAAUUGUAAGAUUACGAAAGCUAAGUGAAAUAAAAAAGGAUCGCAAUAUGGGUCGGAAAGUCACUGUAGCUGCUUGCACGUUGAAUCAAUGGGCCAUGGAUUUCGAUGGUAAUUUUAAAAGGAUACUUCAAAGUAUAGGGGAAGCCAAAGCAGCCGGUGCAACUUAUAGAAGUGGUCCAGAAUUAGAGAUCUGUGGUUACAGUUGCGAGGAUCACUUCUACGAAUCUGAUACAUUGUUACAUUGUUGGGAAGUUUUAGGAAUGCUCAUGAAGUCUAGUAUUUGCGAAGAUAUUUUGGUUGACGUUGGGAUGCCAGUGAUGCAUAAAAAUGUAACUUACAAUUGCAGAGUUACCUUUCUAAAUUGGUGCGUAUUAUUGAUCAGACCAAAAAUGUUGUUAUGCGAGGAUGGAAAUUAUCGGGAAUCAAGAUGGUUUUCUCCUUGGACAAAGGAACGUACCGUAGAGGAUUACUUUUUACCAAGAAUGAUAUCACAAUUGACCGGACAAAAUGUCGUACCUUUUGGUGACGCUGUUAUUUCAACGAGAGACACUUGUAUUGGUUUUGAAAUUUGCGAGGAACUUUGGAAUCCACGUAGCUCUCACAUACCAAUGUCGAUGGACGGUGUCGAGAUAAUAGCUAAUGGAAGUGGUUCUUAUUUCGAACUUCGUAAGGCCUAUGUAACCGUGGAUCUCGUUAAAUCUGCAACAUUUAAAUGCGGUGGUUGUUACAUAUUCAGUAAUUUACGUGGAUGCGACGGCGGAAGGAUUUAUUUUAAUGGUGGUUCUGGUAUAUUUCUCAAUGGAUAUAUUUUAAAUCGUGGAAAACAAUUUGCAUUGGAGGACGUCGAAGUUACCGUCGCGACGUUCGAUCUGGAAGACAUAAGAAGUUAUAGAAAUAAUAUAAGAUCGAGAUCUCAUUCGGCCGCACGCUCGGAUUCAUAUCCACGUGUUAAAAUAGAUUUUGUUCUUUCUUCGGAGAAUCUAAUUACAAAUCCUUCUGACAAACUAAUAAAUAUGGAACAAAAGAAUUCAUUUGGUAAUAUGAAUGGAAAGUUAAAUGCAACGUAUCAUUCGCCAGAGGAAGAAAUUUCAUUGGCACCUGCUUGCUGGUUAUGGGAUUAUUUGAGACGUUCCUGUCAAGGUGGAUUUUUCUUACCUUUAAGCGGAGGCGUUGAUUCUUCUUCGUCGGCUUGCUUGGUCUACAGUAUGUGUAAUUUAAUAGUUGAAUCUGUUAGCAAAGGAGAUGCUCAGGUACUAUCAGAUAUUAGAAAAAUUGUUGGUGAUUGCGAGUACGUACCGACCGAUCCUAAACAACUUUGUAAUACACUUUUGGUUACGUGUUAUAUGGGAACGGAAAAUUCGUCUGCCGAAACUAAAGCAAGGGCAGCCGAAUUGGCGAAACAAAUUGGUUCUUAUCAUCAUAAUAUUAUUAUAGAUACAGCUGUAUCAGCAAUUUUAGGUAUAUUUCAACAGAUAACGAAGAUAGUGCCGAGAUUUAAGGUACACGGUGGUUCCCCGAGAGAAAAUCAAGCCUUGCAAAAUAUUCAAGCACGUCUACGCAUGAUAAUAGCAUAUUUAUUCGCACAAUUGAUGCUUUGGAUUCGUGGACGUCCAGGUGGUCUUUUAGUACUUGGAAGUACGAAUGUAGACGAGGCAUUACGUGGAUAUUUAACGAAAUAUGAUUGUAGCAGCGCGGACAUUAAUCCGAUAGGUGGAAUAUCUAAGAACGAUCUCAAACGAUUUCUCAUAUACUUCAGAAAGAAGCACGGAUUGUCAGCCUUAGAUGAUAUAUUAAAGGCACCACCUACGGCCGAACUCGAACCAUUACAAGAAGGACAAUUAACUCAAUUGGACGAGGUAGAUAUGGGGAUGACUUACAACGAGUUAGAAACUUUUGGACGUCUUAGAAAACAACAUUGUGCCGGUCCUUACAGUAUGUUUUGUCGGCUCGUUAAUAUUUGGGAUAAUUAUACACCAAAAGAGGUUGCCGACAAAGUAAAACAUUUCUAUCGUUGUUACGCGAUACAUCGUCACAAGAUGACCAUUCUAACACCAUCCUGUCAUACGGAAACUUAUAGUCCCGAUGACAAUCGUUUUGAUCAUCGUCCGUUCCUUUACAAUCAUACUUGGAAAUGGCAAUUCAAUGCGAUCGACGAACAGCAUCCGAUGAAACAAUUGAUUACAGGUAAAACGAAUGAACACAAAAGAUGAGGAACCGUCCAGAUCGAAGAAAGAUUCGCCAAAAGUGCCAGCUAAGCCGAGACACGUGCCGUUCAACUCUGUAAUCAGCAGUGAGUAAGAUCAAAAAAAAAAAAAAAAAAAAAAAUAAUAAUAAUAAUGACAGAUAAGCAAAUCGUCAGACGAGAGCCUGCGUUAUUAAAAUGCAAACCCGAUGAUCUGAUGAUCUUAUUUUAAACGGCCUCCAAAAAAAAAAAAAAAAAAAAAAAAUGGGUGUUGAUGAAAAAUAAAAAAAAAAAAAAAUAGAGAUAUAUAGAAUAAAGCAAAAACAAAAUAAUAAUAAUAAUAAUAAUAAUAUGCAUCGAAAAAGAAGCGCAGCAGAAAAGUUUGGCGACUUAUCAAACUUAAGUUUGGUGCCAAUGAAAAGAGAAAAAAGAAUAAAUAUAAAAAAAGAAAAUAAGUAAAUAAAUAAAUAAAUAAAUAAAUAAAUAAAUAAAUAAAUCGAGGAUACGGAUCAUCAGUGCACGAUCAUUCUCUGUUCCAGAUAAGACACAUCCCGGAGUAAUAGUUUAGUAGCCGUAGUACUGUCUCUUUCUCUCUCUGUCUGUUUCUCUCUUUUUCUUUCUCUUUUUCUCUCUCUUUGUCUCUCUCUCUCUCUCUCUCUCUCUCUCUUUCUCUUAUCAUUUUAACAUUGCAGCGCCAACGAGCGCAGAAAAAGACAUUGGACUUGUUUAUGUGUGCGUUUGCUGUUCUUGAUGUUUUCACAAGAAAGAUAUUUGCAAGAAAGAUGUCUCAUAUUUUUUUUUUUUUUUUUUUUUUUCCUUUUUUUUUA